UCGCGGCCCCAAGAUGGCGACUCCCUAUGUAACUGACGAGACCGGCGGCAAAUACAUCGCCUCAACACAGCGGCCUGACGGGACCUGGCGCAAGCAGCGGAGGGUGAAAGAAGGCUAUGUGCCCCAGGAAGAGGUCCCAGUGUAUGAAAACAAGUACGUGAAGUUCUUCAAGAGUAAACCAGAACUGCCCCCAGGGCUGAGUCCUGAGGCUACUGCGCCUGUCACCCCAUCCAGGCCAGAAGGUGGUGAACCAGGUCUUUCUAAAACAGCCAAACGCAACCUGAAACGCAAGGAGAAGAGACGGCAGCAGCAAGAGAAAGGGGAAGCAGAGGCCUUGAGCCGGACUCUUGAGAAGGUGUCCCUGGGGGAGACAGCUCACCUCCCCAGUGCUCCCCAGGGAUCCCAGGCAGCCCCUACAGCUGCCUCGGACCAGGCAGACUCAGCUGCUACCACGGAGAAGGCCAAGAAGAUCAAAAACCUAAAGAAGAAGCUUCGGCAGGUAGAAGAGCUGCAGCAGAGGAUCCAGGCCGGGGAACUUAGCCAGCCAAGCAAAGAGCAGCUAGAGAAGCUGGCCAGGAGGAGGGCCCUGGAGGAGGAGCUAGAGGACUUGGAGCUUGGCCUCUGAGGCCUUCAGUAACUAGAAAAUGGACUGCAGAACAAACCAUGGGGUUCUCUGAGGAAUUGGGGCAGCCACAGUCAGGAGGGCUACGACCCCUACUGGCUCACUUCCGCCUCUCAUGGCCCAACUCUGUCCUCCAGAGCCUAGACUUGCCCUCAUUCCUUCCAUUUUCUUUCCAACUCCCAGAUUUUUGGACUUUUCCCCAUCCCAUUCCAAGUGUUCAAAACUCUCAGUGACUACCCACGUACCUUUGCUGCUGAUUUGGGUGUCUUGUUUAAAAGCAAUUCGGGUGGGUGGGAAUUUUGGAGAACUGAGGUUGAGGUUAGGGGGAGUUUGCCCAAGCCCAGGAGUAGUCUUGGUUCCUGUUCACAGUGUUUCUGAGUUAUUCCCCUAUCCCUCUUAUUUUUUUUUUUAAGAACAGAAUAAAUUCAAGUAGACAACA